UAACCCAAUGGUAGGUUUGAGAUGCAAAUGAAGUAUGUCUAAGCAGUUCAAAUCAUCAUCCUGAACACUGGCAUCCUUCAUGGAGUGAUCCAUGAAUAUAUGUCAAGUAAGGCACUCCCCAUUUCUCAGGAACAGGACACAAAAAUCAAGCCAGAUGUAAGCUUAGCCCACACAAUGCUGAAGAACUUCUUCAGGAUCCAGGUUUGGUUGGAGGAGUUGUUGAGGCUCUCCGAUAAACGCCAAUCAAAGCCUGCUGAACGGAAUGAACAAGUGUCUUCUUCUUCUUCUUCUUCUUUACCAAGGGAUCAAACUCUGCAGAAACCGAGGACUCAAAAGCCUGCUGACGAAAGAUGUUUCACAUGGGCUGUUGUCGGACUGACUGUCGCUAUUGUCUUGCUUCUAUCGAAGAAGUUCAUCAAGGUAAGUGGCCACGAUGCUGUUUUCAUGAAUAAAGUCAUUUUGAAAAUUCAUUUUUGGGCUAAUUCCCAUAGUAUUAGAAACAAUUUAGCAUAACCCAAAUUUGUUUUUUCUAGUUCAAGUAGAAAGAAUGAUGAAGUUAACUUAUUUGAUUUGUUUUAAUAUUUUUUAAAAAUAAAUUGAAUAAGGUAGAAGAGUGAUAAAUUCAUAAAACUGAUUUUAAGAUAGUACACAACAUCUGCAAUACUACUACUAUUUUCAGUAUUGCAGCAUUUUCUUUAAAAGGUCCCUUUACAAAGAAGAUAAAUAAAAUGAUCAUUGGCAGUUAAAAACAGAAGUAGGAUAGGGAGAAAGCGUUACUAAAGAGAGAGUAGCUAAAGAGAGAAAGAGGGAGAAGGAGAAGCGUCGCUAAAUCAAGGUAACAAGUGCGAGGCAAUUAGUAGCGAUCUUUGUAAGUCUUGCAUUCAGAGCCUGUAACGGUAAGGUGAAACCCUUGAGGAAAUCGUCGCAAUCGGUGAAAUCAGUAAUGACGGAGUUCAGCUUGCCGUUCAUCGUCGCAACGUCGCUCGACGAGAUUGCGUCGGUAACGCCCUUCAAAUUCUCCAAGGCGUCGGUGUAACUAUCCUUGCAAUCGUUGAUCGCCGAAGUCUCCUCGGCAGAGACACCUGAACCACUUGCGACUUUCUCUGCUGUAGUAAUCGCGGACUGUGUCUGUUCUGAAACGGCUUUAACAGAGAAUUCCAGGACGGAUGCUGCAUCAGGCCUUUUCCCGAGAUCGUCCAUGUAUGGAGCAAUUGCUGAGAGGCAGAUAUCAGGGUAAUCUGUUUGAUGACAGAUUUUGUUGAGCUCCGGGUUUGAUUGGACUGCGGCCGGAACGCUUUCUCCGCUCGCCCCUCCUCCCAUUAUUGUUCCGAGAAGGCCAGCCGGUACAUUAUUGAGAAUGCUUUGUGCUGGUCCACUUGCAAGAAGGUCCUUCGGUACGCUUCCCAGGAUUCCUGAUGAUGCUUUUGGCGGAGCGGGGAAUGCGUUUGACACUAAUGCUUUGAAAUCCGAUGUAGAUUGUUGUGCCUGCGUUGGGGGAGGUGUUGCUGCCGCCGCCGUCGUCUGUGGUGGUGAUGAGGACAUGGAUGGCAAAUGUGCGGCUAACGAUGCCACGGAGCUGGACACGGAUGGCCCUAAUGAGGACAUGGUGGAUGAAACCGAUGGAGCUAUGGAUGAAUAUGCGGAGGACAUAGAUGGCCCUAACGAGGACACUGUGGAGGACACCCCUGGUGCUAUGGAUGAAUAUGUGGAGGACACCGAUGGUGCUAUGGAUGAAUAUGUGGAGGACGCUGCUUGCUCUGCGCGCGUGGUUAGGGACGGGCCUGGUGCAGUUGCUCGGGAUGCCGCUGCGGAAAUUGGUGCAGUUACUUUCGAUGCCGCAGCCGAUAGUGCCGGAGUCGGUGGCAAUAUCGGCGAGUGUGACGGUGACAUUGCUCGAGAUGCCGCAGCCGAUAGUGAUGGAGUUGGGGGCAAUAUCGGUGAUGACGUGUGAGAUUCAUGGUGCGGUGACGGCGAUGGCGACGUUAUUUUAGAUGCUGCGGCCGAUAUUGAGGGCGUAGGCGACAAUAUUGGCGAAGGAGAGUUGGAUUCAUGAUGUGGAGACGGGGAUGGUGACGUUGCUUUAUGUGCCGCGGCCGAAAGUGGCGCUGUUACUUGAUGUGCCGCGGCUGAAAGUGGUGCUGAUAUUUGAUGUGCCGCAGACGAAAGUGGUGCGGUUAUUUGCGACGAAGGUGGCAAUAUCGGGGACGAUGAUUUGGAUUCGUGUGACGGAGACGGUGACAAUAUUGGAGACGACGACUUAGAUUCGUGGGAUGGAGACGGAGACGGUGAGGUUGCAUGUGAUACCGCGUCCGAAACUGGUGAGGUUGCAUGUGAUACCGCAGCCGAAACUGGUGCGGUUAUUUGCGACGAUGGUGGCAAUAUUGGCGACUCGGGCUUUAACGGUGCCAUUACUUUAGAUGCGGUGUCGGAUAAUGACGGGGACGGGGCUGUUAUUUGAUAUGCCGCGGCGGAUAACGGUGAAAUUACUUUAGAUGUCGCGGCAGAUAGUGCUGGUGACGGUGGCAAUAUUGGCGAUGAUGACUUCAAAGGUGCGAAUACUCGCGAUGCCGUGUCUGAUAUUGACGGAGACGGUGCGGUUAUUCGCGAUGCCGUGGCGGAUAGUGCUGGUGUAGGUCCUAACAUUUGCGAUGCUUUGGUAGAUAACGAUGGGGAUUGGGAUGGUCCCGAUGAUUGAUCAGAUUGGGAUGGUCCCGAUGAUGAUUGUGUUUGUGUCCCAUCAGGAGAAGCAGGUGCAGGUGCAACCGCGUUUUGAGCGACGGAUCCAAGAAUUAGAGAUAAAAGAGAGACGAAAAUGAGAAGGGUUUGGCUCCGGCUUCGGUAAGCCAUUUUGUGAAUUAUAAUGUUGGAAAUAUGAGAAUGGAAUGAAGCCGUAAAUUUGAUUAUGGGGCAGGGAAAUGAGGGUUUUUAGAGGGGAAGGAAUUUGGCCGUUAUUAGCAUCGAAAUAAAUGAAUUGUAAACCUAGAAAAUAGGAUUAGAAUGCCAACCAAUGUAACCAAAGAUUUUUUCUUUAUUUAGCAAUCUGCAAAUGGAUAUUUGCUAUUUUAAUUGCUUUCAUUAAUUCAUCCUUUGAUUCAA